AUGGCCGCUCCAACUCCUGCCAAAGACAUUGCGCCUUCUCCCAGUAGACUAGAUAGCACAGUCGCCCACAGCAUCGCGGUUUCGACUUCCCCAUCGGCCACAUUCUACAGCCCCCCGGCCAGUUUUGGCACCCCGAACCUCACCCGGGCCAUGACUGCGGCAACGAAACAAUUGAAGCCCUUUGCUACACAAGACAUCAAGAUCCUGCUGUUGGAAAACGUGAACCAGAGUGGCAAGGACAUCUUGGCCGCGCAAGGUUACCAGGUCGAAGCUGUAAAGUCGUCGUUGCCAGAAGAUCAAUUGAUUGAAAAGAUUCGCGAUGUUCACGUUAUUGGUAUUAGAUCAAAGACCAAGCUUAAUGAGAAGGUCCUUCGUGCGGCCAAAAAUCUCAUUGUUGUUGGUUGUUUCUGUAUUGGGACUAACCAAGUCGACCUCGAGUAUGCCGCGAGGCAUGGUAUUGCUGUCUUCAACAGCCCCUUUGCCAAUUCUAGAAGUGUUGCAGAGCUGGUCAUUGGUGAAAUCAUUGUCCUGGCUCGUCAAUUGGGGGAUCGCUCUAAUGAGUUGCACAAGGGCACAUGGAACAAAGUCAGCUCCAAGUGCUGGGAGAUCCGUGGAAAGACUCUUGGUAUAAUCGGUUAUGGCCACAUCGGAUCACAGCUGUCUGUCCUUGCGGAGGCAAUGGGCCUGUCAGUAAUCUACUACGACGUUGUGAAUUUGAUGGCACUGGGGACUGCGAGACAAGUUGCAACCCUCAACGAGCUCCUCAACAACGCCGACUUCGUAACAUGCCAUGUUCCUGAAUUAGCUGAAACAAAAAACAUGAUUGGAGCCCCCCAAUUCGAACAGAUGAAAGCGGGAAGCUACUUAAUCAAUGCUAGCCGUGGCACUAUAGUCGACAUACCUGCCCUUAUUAAUGCUUCCCGCAAUGGCAAAAUUGCUGGCGCAGCUCUAGACGUAUACCCCAAUGAACCCGGUGGAAAUGGUGACUAUUUUACCAACAGCCUGAAUGACUGGGCAGAGGAUCUCCGCAGUCUGAAGAAUAUCAUUCUUACGCCACAUAUCGGAGGCAGCACAGAGGAGGCCCAGAGAGCCAUUGGUGCUGAAGUCGGGGAGGCCUUGGUCAGAUACGUUAACCUCGGUGUGACUCUUGGAGCGGUAAAUCUCCCAGAAGUCAAUCUGCGUUCAUUGACGCUGGACGAGCCCAAUCAUGUCCGGGUCAUUUACAUCCAUCACAAUGUUCCUGGUGUGCUGAGAAGGGUCAACGAGAUCCUCGGCGACCACAAUGUUGACAAACAAAUUACUGAUAAUAAAGGAGAUGUUGCCUACCUCAUGGCUGAUAUUAGCAAUGUUCAGUCCAGCGAGAUCAAAGACAUCUCCGAUAGCCUAGAAUCCUUGAGCUCUCGCAUUUUAACAAGAGUGCUUUACUGA